AUGGAGGCGCAGGAGAUAGUCGAGCUCUUGGGCAUGCUGCCUCACCCCGAAGGUGGCUACUACAAGGAAACGUUCCGGGCGCCGGCAGAGAAGGAGGGCGAGCGCGGGGCGUGCACGGCCAUCUACUUCCUCCUCGCCGAGGGGCAGAAGUCUCACUGGCACAAGGUCGACGCUGUCGAGACCUGGCUCUGGCAUUCGGGUGCGCCGUUGGAGCUGUCGAUCUCAGAGGACGCUGAGACGGUGAGCGCCACUGUGCUUGGAGCCGACCUCAAGGCUGGGCAGCGACCGCAGGGCGUCGUGCCCAAGGACGCGUGGCAGGCUGCUCGAUCGCUGGGCAAGUGGACGCUGGUGAGCUGCACCGUGGCGCCCGCAUUCGAGUUCUCCGGUUUCACUCUCGCGCCGCCCGGGUGGGCUCCCGGCAAGCCCCUUGCCUAA